AUGGUCAAGGAUCGUCUGAACGAGUUCCAGACUCUCUCAGGGAAAACGAGCUCGACUUAUCACAAACAUGAUCGCCGCUUAUCAACAGAGACAUCCAAGCUUUUACAAGAGGACAAUUCGCUAGAGGGCUUCCUAAGCCGUAUGACUGAACUGCAGAACAUCGUGGGUCAGUUGGAGUCAUGGUUGGAAGAGAUACGCGUACUACAUGGAGAGCUUUUGCUCGCACCAGCCUCUGAUGGAGAGAAGUCACAACAUUUGCGAAUCAUCAUGGAGAACCUUCGCACAACGUCUUUAGUUGCACGACAAAAGAUAAAGAACAUAGACAAGGAAGUAAACAGCAAAUUGCAUUCCGACGAGUCGAAAUCGGUGGAUUCUCGCAUUAAACGAAACCAAGUUCACACGCUCACACGAGCCCUUCACAGUGUGAUGUGGAAGUUCAAUGAAGAAGAGGAGAAUUAUAAAGAACGCUGCAAGAAGAAAAUAAUUGAUUAUCUAAAGAUCCAAGACAUCAAGUUGACGGAUGACGAAAUAAGCGAUGCUAUUGACAACGGCGAUAUCUUCGAAAAGACGAAAAGUAUCCUUCUUGCAUGCAGCGACAAAAAAGCACUCUUCGAGGACAUCAAAUCGCGACGUGAUGAAUUGAUUGAAAUCGAGAAAGUCACCCGAGAAUUGGGUGAGAUGUUUGUAGAUCUCAGCAAUCUUGUAGUGAGUCAGGGAGAAAUGCUUGACCGGAUUGAGGUGAAUACCGAAAAUGCGGUAGAUUAUGCGGAGAAAGCGAAGCAGAAUGUCAAGGAUGCUCGAGAGCACAAGAAGAAAGCACGAAAGAAGAAGAUCAUAGUUUGCAUAGUUCUCGCCAUACUGGUUCUCAUUUUAAUUAUCUUCAUACAAGCGAUGAUAUGUCAUUUCACACCGAUUUGCUAG